CUACAGUGCCCCUUAACUCGAGAUUCCAGGCGGGACACACCAUCCAUAGGGCUGUUUUUCCGUCGAGGUCGAUCCUGCUUCCUUUACUACUGACUGUACGAUGCUAAAAUCCCUGCUGUCCUUAAAUAAAACUAAUACUGAAACUAAUAGUUAUGGGAACAGUUUUAAGGCAUGCAUGUGCUUAAAAAUCGUAAAAUUCUACAAACUUCCGCGUGAUAAUAAAUUCAAUCAUUUUACGCAAGCGCUUUUUGUUUUCGGCAUGUUGUUUUAUUCGUGCUGUUGUGAUGCUGUAAGGCGUGUCUGGCUCUUCUCCAUGUGAGACUGAUAGGAGGAGGUCUCCUAAAAGUCCAUCUACAGACCUGUUUCAACACUUUCCCAACGAGACAACCCUCGGGACGGACUGCAGGGCGAAUUUACGCCGGCUGUUGGAUACCUGAUUCGGCAACGAUAGUUUCCUUUUGAACGCGUGAUAUUUUGCAGCGUGGGGUUUUAUCAUGGGAGCGACACCAUCCGUGCAGCGGGACGCGAAGAGCCCUGAAGAUGCGCCAGAGGACGCAGUCAUCGCAGAGGUGAACGAUACGCGGGAUGGAGAAAACGUGGAUGACAAGCCUCUUCAAAAGAACGGACAGAUCUCUAUCUCCAGUCUUAAUGGAAAGACAGAAGAUCAGUCAGAAUAUAAUGGUCACACAGAAGAUAACCCACCAGCAGAGGUUGGCCAGACCGAGAGCAUCUCCCAAAAAGAGGACAGUCCUGAUACAAUUGAGGAACAUCAGGAAGAGGCUGCCCCACAGGUUAAUGGAGAGAAAGGAGACGAUUCUGCAAAUGCAGAUGAAAUUACAACCACAGAAGAGAAGACCGUAGAGGAAAAACAAGAGGAGGCCAAUGAGGUGGGCUUCAAGAAGAUCUUCCGUUUUGUUGGCUUUAAGUUCACACUGAAGAAGGACAAGAGUGAGAAGACUGAGCCUGUGCAACUACUGACAGUGAAGGAAGCAGAAGAUGGUGCACAAGAUGCAUCUUCUGAAGAAAAUAAAGAGGAACCUACAACAGAGGAAGCUACAACAGAAGAAGCUAUAUCUGUGGUAGAGAAAUCACCAGAAGCAACAGAGAAAGAACAAGAGAAAACAGAUGAAGAUGUGACUGAUAAGGUGGAGGAAACAACAGAAGAACCUGAAGCUGAUGCUGCGCCAGAAGCUGAAAAAAGUGGUGAUGAGGUGCCAGAGAAAUCUGCCGAAGAAGAGGAGGCAAAGUCAGACAAAGAGGCUGAGCCAGAAGUGCAAACUGAAUCAUCCACUAGUCCACUCUCUCAAGAGACACAGAGUCCCUUCAGGAGAUUUUUCACUCAUGGAAUAUUCUCUAACCUACGCAAGAAGACAAGCUUCAAGAAGUCCAAAGAUGAGGAGCAGGUCAAGGAAAAGUCUGUAGAGGAGGACAUUAAGGAAACAGAGGAGAAAGCAGAAGGUGCUAUUGACGGUACAGAGAAGGUGGAGGUUGAUGCAGAGAAAGAACCGGCUGAGGCAGAGCAGAUAGAGAAGCCAACAGAAACUGAAACAAAAGAUGACACAGCUGAAGUUCCCUCUGCUGACAUAGAGGAGCAUAAGGAUCUUAAGGUAGAGGCUGAGCCUGCAAGUGAAACUGUGGCUCAAACUGAGCCUGCUGAAGCUCCCGCUGCUGAAACUGCUAAUGAUGCACAACCCACCGAAGAUGCCAAACCAACAAAUGACAAGCCAGAUGUCUCAGAAGAGGUGACCACUGAGACUGAAAUCUUAUCCUCUCAGGAGAAAGCAAAACUACAGGGAAGCCCUCUUAAGAAGCUGUUUACAGGAGCUGGUCUGAAAAAGCUGUCAUCCAAAAAACAAAAGAGUAAGAAAGAAGCUGAGUCAAAGCAAGCGGAAUCAGGUGAACAAGCUGCUGAGCAAAUCCAGUCCCCAGAAACCCAGAAACCUGACAGUGGAGCAUCAUCCCCAGAAGAAUCUGGUGAGCAUGUUGUAGGAGAGGUCAGCCAAGCUCAAUCGGCCCAAGCCGUGGAUCCUGAGGGAGAACCAGUUACAUCUGACAGUGAGAAGAAGAAGGAUGGAAUCUUACCCUGGUCGUCUUUCAAAAAGCUAGUUACUCCAAAAAAACGUGUCAAACGGCCCUCUGAGAGCGAAGAUGAGGCAACCACAGACAAACCCAAAUCUUCUACCUUAUCUUCAACUGAGAGUGCCAGCGCCGUCACUGAUGAAAAAAACGAUGAGCCUAAACCCUCUGAAGAAGUGUCACCUGAGCCCGAAGAAGAAGCACAAGCAGAAUCUAACGUUGAAGCAAAACCUGAGAAGACUGAACCAGUUGCAGAGGAGCCAAAAAGAAAAAUGGACACCUCUGUGUCUUGGGAAGCUCUUAUUUGUGUGGGGUCAUCUAAAAAAAGAGCCAGGAAAACAUCGGAUUCGGAUGACGAAGAACCUAAGAUUGAGGAAGAAGGGCAGCAGUCUGGAGAGGAGCAGGCAAAGACCACAGAGUCACCUCUUGUGAGUUCUGGUGAAGCUGACCAUGAAAAUUUAGCAUCCUCACCCGAACCAGAGGAAGAGCUUGUUUCUACCUGGGAGUCCUUCAAGAGGCUUGUGACUCACAGAAAGAAACCAAAAUCAGAAGACAAAUCAGAUGAAGCCUCAGGCCCAGAGCAGACCACCUCCGACAGUGAAAUCCCCAAAGAAGAAUCCUCUUUCUCUUUGAAGAAACUGAUUCCACGCAGAAAGAAGAAAUCUGACAGUAAACAAAAACAGGCCUUGUCUGAUGUUGGCUCUGCAGAGGAUGACUCUGACACUCCAGCUGUAGUUCCUCUGUCUGAAUAUGAAAAUGAUACUUCUGCAGAAGUUGCAGAGAAGCCAGAGGAGGGGACGCAGGAAACUGCAGUGGUCACUCAGGUAAAGGCCUCAACUGAAGACAGAUCACCAUCAUGGAUCUCAACGGCUGUGGAAAAUCUUGAAGAUGAGGCAGAUGGAAAGCAACUGAGCGACAUACCCGAAGAAGGAGACACGGCUGCCACACCCAAAUCAGCUGAUAACACAAUUGCAGAGGACAUUGUUGAGCUCACGUCAGAAGCUGUUACCGCUCUUGAACAAGUAGAGGAGACGGAUAUGAUUUCAGCUGUUUCACGUGUCACAGCAUCACCAGUUACAUCAGGUGAGAUGACUCCUGUCCCAGGUGAUAGUGUGGAGACCAAGACUGAUGUAGUACUUGAGGAAGCUGUGGAGACCAUCACUGUUACCACAUGUGCCACAACCGUCACCGCGACUGAGGAACAAAAGAAAAGCGCUGUUGUCAUCACUGAUGCUCUUCCCAUCGAGUCAGCGACCAAGGAAGAAAAAACAGUCUUAGUUGCGCAUAAGAAAACUGAGGCAACAGCCAUUUGCACCGGCCUUGACACUAAAGAAAUACGAGUUGUGAAAGAGGAGAGAAUCUCGAAGACUUCAGUAGAGUCUGUCACAAUUGUUAGCCAGGCCGUAGUCACAGAGAUUUCAGUUGAAGACACAACAGAGAAGCUUGAAAAGGCCACUGUUGCUAAGGAAGAGGUUUAUGAGGCUAAGGUGAGCGAAGUUAAGCCAGACCUCAAAGAUGCUCUUUUGGAAAAUGCUGUUGAGGAAAAAGUUCAGUUUGAAGAGGUGAAAGAGACACCUGAAGCAGAGACUGUGACUGACCUUCAAGAAGUAGCAGCAGUCAAGUUAGCAGUCAUGACUGUGGUACAACAGGAACCAGACGUUCUUGAAGAGCCCGUGGUGGCUGAAGAACACCCUAAAGUUGAGGCUGAAGGUCCUGUUGAACCAACCAUUGAAGAAUCAAUCUGUGCCAAAACUGCAGAGGUCACUGUAGUUGCUAUUGCUAAAGAUGAAAUGAAGCAAGUACUGGAGGAUGUUAAAGAGUCAGCUGCCAGUGUCGAGGUAGCACCUAUUGAGGAAGUAUCUGUGGCUGUAACAGAGGAGGUCAUGGCAACCCUUCCAGAUGUACCUACCGCUGAAAUUGCUAAAUCUCAAAAAGAUUCCAUUCCUGUUGUGGCUCCUGCUGAAGAAUUCGCAGUCAUCAAAGAGACUGUAUGUGUUAUAAGCUCAACAUCUGAAACUACAGAAACCCACACAGCAGUACUGGGACAUGAAGCUACUAUGCAAAAAGUUCCCCUUGUUGUUCCCACUGGUGACCACAACAUUCAGAUUAUAGUGAAUGACGUCGAUGCUGUAUCUGCUCAAGAAGUCGUUGAGAGUAACAUCGAAGUGGCUUCAACCAAAGUCACCGUUGUGGUUGAGGAAACGUGUGAGGCUGUGUUAGAAGAUGCUGAAGCAAUGCAGGCAAACCAAGUAAUAGAAGCAGAGAUCAUUGUGAAACAGAGUAGUGUUAUUGUGCAGGAGAUCAUUCAGAAUGUUGUUGAGAACUUUGUUGAAACUCAUGAGGAUGAAACAAGUGUUGAGAAAGUAGAAAGUCUAGAAACAACCCCUGAGAAACCAAAUACAUCCGAGACCACCUCCAAAGAUGAUGACAAACAAACUCGUAUUGUCAUUGAGAAACCUACUAAAACAAUCAAUGAAGCUGUCGAGGUUGCUGAAACAGUCCCUGUUUCUCUCGCAGGUGAAAUCCCAGUUGAAAAAGAAGAGGUUGCUGCAGUCUCUGUGACAGUUGUGCAACAAGAAACGGAAGUAACAAAAAGUGAAGUUGAACUUAAGCAAGCCGAAGAGAAGACAGACACAGAAAGUGAAGAUGGAAAAGGUCAAGUUGAAGCCACGGAGACAUCAGCAGAGGAGAAGCUCUCGAGUACAGAAACACCUGCAAAAGUAGAGAUUACUGCUGAGCAGUGUCAAGUGGUAAAGGAGGUACCGAUUGAAUCCACACAGGAGUUUAACGUUGGCGUCGCAAACACAAUAAAUGCAGUCAACGAACAUGUUCAAGACACAAACAAGACAGAUGACAAGUCAAAGGGUCAGGAAUCAGCAGAAGACAGGCUUCACAAAGACUCAGAAGAGCCCCAAACACAAGACACGAAAAAGCAGGAAGAGUCCAGAGAUGAAGAUUGUCAAAAGUCAGAUGCUAAAAACGUAGUGGCCAAACAGGAGAUUGCUGCUGAGAAGACAACAAAUGCCAUCGUAGUGGAGGAGGUGGAGAAUGACAUUGAGCCUGUCUCCACAGAGGUUGCCACAGUGUCAUGAGCAGUCUGCAUGCAAGAAGCGGUCAUAUGACUGGGAAUUCAGAGCUUUCCGGAAACAGGACGUGAGAAGCUGCCAUGGAGGACACUAAGCGAUAUUGCUCUGUCCCAGAGCUCCCAGAGACGAAGGCCAAUCUCUCUCUCUUUUCAUCCAUCCAUUCUUCUAUCCCUCGUUUCAGUUUCCCCAUCACUCUAAACAGAUGCCAUAUCAUUGAGGUCUCUCUGGACUCAAGGGAUGACCCCCACACAACAUCCCCAUUUUUCUAUAUUUUGUUAAAUCGCGUCAGAUCUGUGAAUUUUGAACAUUUGUGUUUUUAUUAGUCGUUCAACAGUCCUGUUGAAUAGAGAGAAUAUGUGUGUGUGGUUCUUGUACGAGUGUGCGUAUGGAGUAGGAGGGUUGUUAUUUUUUUGUAUAUUGUAUUUAUAUCUAAAAUAUUCUCUCAACCCUCUCAAACACAUUCUAACAUUCUAAACCCAUUGAUAAAUGAUGUCUUGCUGGUGUCCAAUAUUAUUUAGUCAAGUAAUUCUAAUAAACAUGGUACAGAUGCGGUAUAGCAAAUAACAAAGUGCAGUGACUAUAGGAGUCAGAAUCAGAUUCACACACACACGUGAUGUCCAGCCAUUACUGUUUUCAUUCUCACUGUAGAUAAACCACUUCAUACUGUGAAACAUUGUGUCUGUUGAUCAUGUACAAUCGCAAUGCGUGACAUUCGAGAUUUUACAGCGCUGAUGUUCUGGUACCCUGUGAAAUAGAUGAAUAUGUUGAUAAACACCUGCAUGAGUAGGGAUUGUUUAGUAAGGACUGGUCGUCCACAGCAUACGUCUGCACUUCACUGUUUGAUGGCCUUAGUUUUAACUCCUAAGGUGCACCCAAGGUUAAAAUUGUGAGGUAGUUGUGCAUAAGACUAUAGGCUAAAACUGGGGAAUUGUAUUGAAACCAUCUAUUGGUGACGUUCCAAGACUGGUAGUAUAGUUACACAUGAUUUUAAUUCACAGACAAGUUUUGAAUAUUUUUUGCAUUCCUCUUUAACAAGUACUGUUAAUCCUUUGAAAUGCGUAGUAGAUGCCUUAGUGUCAGUCUCUUUGAAAUGUGUAACAUCAUAUGCAUAUACUGUAUACUUGCAGAGACCAUGAUGUCCAUGGCAAGCGUUUCAAAAAAAAAAUUUAAUGAACAUCGAAGGAAGUUGAACGAUGAUGGUUGCAAACUGUAAAAAUAUGUUAAAAUGAUUUGAUGAAAAAACUUUUGCAGGUCAACCUACAUAGGGGAUGCAUGGUGUUCUCAGUUCAAUAGAAAUCAAGCUCUGCUACUGUCACGCCUUGAAUGAAAAGCCAACUCACAUUUCUUUCUUAGCUUUUUAUAAAACAGUAUACUGUGAAGCUCUUUAACAUUUGUACAAAUUGUAUACCUAUGUACCUUAUGUCAUAUUGUAAUAUUAACAAAUAACCAAUGGAAGCAUUAAGGAAUGUUGUAUACUAGUAGCAUGAAUCUCACAUACUCUUUUUGUAUUCUUCAAGCUGUUCAUAGUAUGGAUACAAAAUCAUGUCUAUAUUUCCUUCAAAUAAAGUUAGCGUAAAGUGG